AUGACAAUGAUACUUACGGCGCGUAUCUUCAGCCCAAGUACACUCAAAAAGCUCUCAUGCAUUCGCCGGCCCGAUAUCGACCGCAAUAAAUUUGAAUUUCAGCCGGCAUUCAUCAGUAUGCUCAGCUCGUUAGCAUUUAGGGGUAGACCUAAUGAAGAUCUAAUUCCCCAUCUAACUCGAUUCAAACUGCUAUGUCAGUCUGUGAAGACGGUUCAAGGAGUCACCGAUGAGUCACUUAUGCUAAUGGCCUUUCCAUUCUCUCUAAUGGACGCUCCAUUAGAAUGGUUCUACACACUGCCACCAGGCUCCGUUUUCUCUUGGGAUCAGAUGCAAGAGAAGUUCAUGCAGCGACUCUUCCCUGCUAGCAAAACCCAGCUCGCGAAACAACAGAUCAACUCUUUUAUGCAGGAACCUGAUGAAUCUUUGCGCGAGACUUGGGAUCGUUUUCUUGGAUAUCAGCGCCUCUGCCCUCAUCACGGUUUGGACAAGAGGUACCUUAUCUCCACUUUCUUGCAGGGUCUAAAGGAAGAUACUCGAGUCCUCAUUCGGGUUGCCUGUGGAGGAAGCCUCAAUGAGAAGUCUUUUGACUUCAUCGAACAACAAAUCACUAAGAUGGCUAACGAGUGCGCUCCUUCCCACGAAUUCGUCAGAAAUAUUGGCUUUAAAGACAACCGUACAGGUAAGGAAAGUCCAUCUGAAAUACAUGCUUUAUGUGCAGAGCUUGCCAAACUUAGAAUGCAGGUAGAAAACGUCCAUCAAAUCACUGAUCUGGACGCACCACGAGACGAGUGCAUGCAUGAGGAUGUCAGCUACGUCGCCAACAAUCCGUACUCGAACACAUACAACCCAGGAAAUCAAUCUCAACCCCGAAAUGCCUACCAGCAUCAGAAUCCAGCCCCUCAACACUACCGAGCCCCCCGUCAGCCUCAGCAAAACUUCGGCCUGCCUCCAUCUCAAUCACAGGGUCAAGAAGCCAUUCGCACCGAGAUGCGAGAACAUCAGCAGAAGACCGACGCCCAUCUCAAGCUAGUUGAUAAUCAGAUAGCGCAACUCGCUGCCUCUGUCCCUUCGCGACCUGAGGGAUCACUUUCCGGGAACCCGGAAGCAAACCCCCGAGAGCAUUGUAACGCUGUGUCCUUGCGCAGUGGCAAAGAGCUUGCUAACCCUGUCAUCACAUCUAUGGAAAGGUACUGGUGGCUGCUCAUCUUGAAAUAA